UCGUUUUGCAAGUGUCUGUAGGGUGUUUAGGUGGUCAUGUCUGGACGCGGAAAGCAGGGCGGCAAGGCUCGCGCCAAGGCCAAGACGCGCUCGUCGCGGGCCGGGCUGCAGUUCCCGGUGGGCCGCGUGCACCGCCUGCUCCGCAAGGGCAACUACGCCGAGCGGGUGGGGGCCGGCGCGCCGGUGUACCUGGCGGCCGUGCUGGAGUACCUGACGGCCGAGAUCCUGGAGCUGGCGGGCAACGCGGCCCGCGACAACAAGAAGACGCGCAUCAUCCCGCGCCACCUGCAGCUGGCCAUCCGCAACGACGAGGAGCUCAACAAGCUGCUGGGCCGCGUGACCAUCGCGCAGGGCGGCGUCCUGCCCAACAUCCAGGCCGUGCUGCUGCCCAAGAAGACCGAGAGCCACCACAAGGCCAAGGGGAAAUAAAGUUUGAAUUCCCACAUUUCAGUUUGAGAUCAAAGGCUCUUUUCAGAGCCACCCACCAUUUCUGUGGAAGAGCUGAACACGCAGUUUUCUGAACCCUGUAAGUUCGAGGAACCCAAAGUGAAAAGUCUCCUUUGGUUUGCCCAAGUUCCUUUUGACUCUGUGUGGUUUGCUCAAUAAAGCCAUUAAAAUAC